AUGGGAACCUGCAUGUCUCUCAUGGGCAACCGCCGCCGUCGGGGCGGUGGAAUGAUGAGCGGCGGGAUGGGCGGGCCUCCGGUUCGACCGGUUGGAGGAUUCGGGGGCGGUGGGAUGCCGAUGGGCGGCGGCGGUGGGUUCGGUGGUGGUCGUCAUCAUCAUCACUAUGGUGGUGGUGGGUUCGGGGGUCCUGGGGGUCCUGGCGGGUGGGGUGGUGGUGGCGGCGGACCAGGGGGGUUCGGUGGUGGUCGUCGUGGCCGUCGUGGCGGUGGGGGUGGGUUUGGUGGGCGCGGGGGGAGGUGGAGAGGCUUAGGUGAUGCGAUAUACGAUUAA